UAUUCUGGGUUUUUGUAAUUUUCUUUGCUUUGUUCAACCAUUCUCACCCUCUUCCAUUUUUAUAAACCAGUCUCAAGAAAACCACACAGAAUUUCAUUUUGUGGACGGAGAAACCAAUGCCUACAACUACUACAACUUCUGCAUCAUCGCAAUUCAUCUCAAAUUUCCAUUCACAGUAAAAUGAUUCGCCAAUCGCUCUACAACACUCCUUCCGUCUCCUUCUCAACCCCAUCUCCCACUGCUCAUAAACGCCACCGUUUAGCUCCUCCAAGUUGGGGAACAAUUCGAUGCGACGCAUCGUCGGUGUCGGUAGAGAAGAAGGUUGUUGGGCCUGGUGGGCUGGGCCCGCACACGGGGCGAGACCCAAACGUGAAGAAGCCCGAGUGGUUGCGGCAGAAAGCUCCACAGGGUGAAAGGUUCCUAGAGAUUAAGGGAUCCCUUUCCCAGUUGAAGCUCAACACUGUUUGUGAAGAGGCACAGUGCCCCAACAUAGGAGAGUGUUGGAAUGGAGGCGGAGAUGGGAUUGCAACUGCGACAAUCAUGCUUCUCGGGGAUACUUGCACACGUGGCUGUAGGUUUUGUGCCGUGAAGACCAGUAGAAACCCUUCACCUCCUGAUCCUAUGGAACCGGAAAACACUGCCAAGGCCAUAGCAAGUUGGGGUGUGGAUUAUAUUGUCCUUACAAGUGUGGAUCGUGAUGAUAUACCCGAUGGAGGAAGUGGCCAUUUUGCUCGGACUGUCAAAGCCUUGAAGAAUCUCAAACCUGAGAUCAUGGUCGAGUGUUUAACCUCUGAUUUUCGGGGUGAUUUGAAGGCUGUAGAAACUCUGGUUCAUUCAGGUUUAGAUGUCUUUGCUCACAACAUUGAGACAGUCAAACGCCUCCAAAGAAUUGUUAGAGAUCCUAGGGCAGGGUACGUUGCAUCUUGCUUCGAGAGAUUUGUCCUCGUAUCAACCAUAAACCAUUGUUCCUUAAAAGUACAAUAAAAUCUAAUA